AUGGAGGCAUGGGAUAUGGUGGUCAAACAGAUGCGAAGAAAAUUGGCUCUAUGGAAAGGAAGAAAUUUGUCAAUAGGAAAGAGAGUCACUUUGGUAAACUCAAUUCUAUGCAACAUGCCGAUUUAUAGCUUCUCCUUCUAUAGAACGCAAGUCAAAGUGAUCCAAACCAUAAGAAGAAUACAGAGACAGUUUAUUUGGCAAGGAAGCGAGGAGAAGGUAGGUAUAAAUUGGGUUAGCUGGAAAGCUAUGAGCAAGGAGAAAUGUCAAGGAGGAUUGAGGCUGAAAGAUAUGGGAGCUUUCAAUGAAGCUUUACUUGGCAAAUGGAAAUGGAGAGUAUUAAAUGAUGAUGAAGCACUAUGGUCGAAUCUCCUAAGGGUGAGGUAUGGGAAUCUGCAACUGAGCUGGUUGAGAAAGAAGGAUAUGAGGUUAAGAAACAAGGAAUCCUUGUGGUGCAGGGAUUUGGGGAUGGUGGGCAAAAGGAGAGGCUCUAAGCAGGAUGCCUUUAACGAUCAGAUUAGCUUUAAGAUAGGAGAUGGUAAGAACACUUCCUUCUGUAAAGCUAGGUGGCUGGGAAAUGGAACCUUAGCCAAUCAAUACCAUACAUUGUUCAAUAAUGAAGGAAUAGAGGACAGUUUGAUUGCAGAAUAUGGAUGGUGGGAGGGAGGAACUUGGCAUUGA